AUGUCUUCCUCGGAUAUUUUUGAUGUCUUGAACAUCAAGCAGAAGUCUAGCAGUCCAAAUGCUGCGUCGCCAAGCGUACCUGCCUCGGGUAAGUCUUCUAAACCACAGCUGACUGGUAUGCAAAGGGAACUUUACAACUUACUUGGUGAGAAUGAGGCGCCAGUAGUGGUUCAAUCAAUGAAUAGGUUUAAAGAGAAGCUGGCGUCUAAUGCCAAGCCUACUCCAUGGAGUUUAGCUAAUUUCAAGGCUAAUGAGUAUUUAACAUUGCAACAUUGGGUAAAAGGAUCAAGAGAACUGAUUGGUGAGGAGCCACAAGAAUCUGAAUUUAAAAAGUAUGAUGUUCAUUUAACGAUACCUGAGUUUACAGAGGACGAAUAUAAUAGCUUCAUACCCACUAGUAAUGCCGAAGAGAAUGAAAAGCAAAAUAUUGGCGAGAAGGUAGAGGCUAACGGUGAUUCUACUGAUGUAAAUAUGACAGAGGAGGAUACAAAUGAUAAGGUAAAAGAAAGUGUGCCCCAGGAUGAGAAUAAAUCGACGUCAGACAAUAAAAAGAACAAUGAAAAAUGGGAAUAUAACGAGGUGAAGUAUCUGUUUGAUCUAUGUAAAAAAUAUGAUUUAAGGUGGUUUGUGAUUCAAGAUAGGUAUGAUUAUGAAAAUAGCAAUAGGACUCUAGAAGAUCUGAAAUCUAAGUUCUAUGAGGUCUCGAAAUGUUACUUUAAAGCUAAGAAACCAGAUGAUCCAAUGUUGCAAUCAUUAAACUAUUCUAAAGACAAAGAAACACAAAGGAAAAAGUAUUUAGAGAGAUUGUUAGCUAGAUCUGCAGCAGAGAUUGCUGAGGAAGAAGCACUUAUUAUUGAGUCUAGGAAAUUUGAAAUGGCGGCAAAGAAGACAUUGGCAGAACGUGAGACACUGCUACGUCUAUUAGAUUCUCCACAAUCAGAUAUCUCCGUUGCUCAAUAUCUUACUUCAAAUGGGAUGUCACAACUAUACAACUCGCUUUUAGCAGAUAAAUCCAGAAAGCGUAAAAUUGAUAGCGCCGUGCCUGAAAAUCCUUGGAUGAAGCAACAACACCAAUUUGCUCAACAAAGACAGCAAAUGCAGCAGUUACAACAAAAGAAACUGGAAAAGCAUGAUGCAUCUGCAACACCAGGACCUGCAACAACUGUAACUGCGACAGAAACCUCAACGAAUGUAACGUCAGCGGGGUCAAUUCCUUCUGGUUUACAAUCACCUAAGAAAACUAAGAGGCAGAAACUUGAAUUACAAACAGCUCUAAAGAGAAAAAGUGAAAGUGAAUACGCAGAGCAAUUACUAAAAAUAUUCAAUAUGGACGAGAGAAAAUCUUUGGGUGUAAUCGCUCAUGGCGAGAAAUUGUCCCCCGGGGUAUUCUUACGUUCUGCAAAGAUAACUACUUUCAAACCUGCCAUUCAAAAUAAAAUUAUCUCAACAGCUCAAGAACUUGGUAUACCUGCUAGGCCAGUUAUGCCGACUUUUGAGGUCGUUACUGAAUAUGAAGCCCUUCUGAAAAAGAUUGCUACUUUACUUGAUAUCAAGAAGCAGAUAGAUAAAAUAGAAGCUGGAAAACAGAUAACAAAAUAA